AUGGUUUUCUUUUACCGUAAUUUCGUGAGAAAAGUUUUUAUCAGUAAUAAGGUUUUCGAUUUUGAUGUUUUGCAUUUUUCAUCAGGAUGUUUUUUUCAUUACAUCCAGGUACUUUUAGAAGUGUCUCCAGAGUGGUGCUGUCACUUGGUCGAAAAAGACACGUUGGCUUUAUUUUUACCGUUAAACAAGCCAGUAUCGAGUUUAUCUAAUGGCGCAUUUGUUUCACUUUUAGAAUGUUGUGAGGAGAAGUUACAUGUAAAACGGGUGUUGAUUUGCGUGAACAAAGGGACCGUGACAAAAGAGAAUCUUUCGUGUCUUCAGUACGUCGGUUUCACUCCGUUGCACCCUAAUCACUAUCCUUCAAACUUGAACCCUGAUUUGCUGUUUGCAAUGGUUUAUAAUGUAUAG